AACUAUGAACUUUGAAAGUAAAUACUUUGGUUUGGAGUUAGUUGGAAAGUACAGCGGCCAUUAAAUACAGUAACAGUGUGUAUAUAAAACUGUGAAGAACUGGCUGCACAUGUAGGUCUACAACUGUAAAAACGUGUGUACAUUAAAUAGGAUAUAACAGGCUGCAACUAAGAUUCAGAUGAACAUUUUGCAUAGAGAGAUUCAACGCUAUGUCCUAAAACAGCGGACAGGUGGCGCCCUUGCAUCCAUGAAUAAGCAGAAAUGAUGCUCUGUUUUGCUGAGUGUCACAGCAGACUACACUGACCUGGUUUUAAAUCGCCAGGCUUCAUCUAUCAGCAGUUAUGGUCGUUUUAAUUUUAUUUCUCUGCUAUUACAGUCAGUGCUGUUGACAACAUUAAUGAGGCAAAUAUCCUUUUAAAUUUAAUAUUUCUGCCUGCCUGCGCUGGCUCUCAGGAGAGGGGGGCGGAUAUUCAGCAUCUCUCAGCCUCCGCCCGCUUCUGUGGCUCUCUGUCCAGAGCGGUGGAGAGAGACAGGGGGAACCGCAGACCGACAGGGGGACUGACACACACACUCAGAGAGAGAGAGAGAGAGAGAGAGAUAGGGGCGAUGGCCGCCGGUGUAGGAUGCGGGGAGUCGGUGGAUCAGUACCGGGCCGAGGUGGAGCGGCUCACCCAGGAACUGGCCGAGGCGAACCGGGAGAAGAUCCGGGCUGCAGAGUGCGGUCUGGUUGUCCUGGAGGAGAACCAGGCGCUGAAGCAGAAGUAUGCAGACCUGGAGACCGAGCAAGACACUCUCAGGAAGGAGUUGGAGCAAUUGCAAGAGGCAUUCGGCCAGGCUUACACCAACCAGCGUAAGGUGGCAGAGGAUGGGGAGACGAAUGAGGAGACGUUACUGCAGGAGUCAGCCUCCAAGGAGGCAUACUACAUGGGCCGUCUGUUGGAACUGCAGACUGACCUGACUCUUAGCCGUUCUGUGGCGUCCAACGCCCAGUCAGAGAAUGAGAGGCUCAAUAUACUGGUGCAGGAGCUACGAGAGAGUAACGAGAUGCUAGAGCUACAGAGGAGCAGGAUGAGGGAGGAGAUCAAGGAGUACAAGUUCAGAGAGACCAGGCUGCUUCAGGAUUACACAGAGCUAGAAGAGGAAAACAUCACCCUGCAGAAACUGGUCUCCACACUCAAGCAGAGCCAGGUGGAGUAUGAGGGACUAAAACAUGAAAUUAAGGUGCUGGAAGAGGAGACCGUUCUUCUCAACAGUCAGCUUGAAGACGCCUUACGUCUGAAGGAAAUCUCUGACGGUCAACUGGAAGAGGCCCUGGAUGCCCUCAAGAGUGAGCGUGAGCACAAGAACAAUCUGAGGAAGGAACUUGCCCACCACAUCAGCCUGAGUGAUAGCGUGUACGGAGCCGGGGCCCAUCUGGCGCUCACUGUCACUGGCGUUGAGGGCCUCAAGUUCCCUGAGGAGACCAACGGAACCAAUGGCACCAAUGGCAGCACCAUCCCCACUGCUAAUGGCAACAAUGAGGACAGCAACCGCCGCAACGGACACCUCCACACAGGCACGGCGUUGGCUAAGAUGAAUGGGGACUAUCGCCCAGGGCGGAAGGGAGAAGGUCUGCACCCUGUGCCGGACCUGUUCAGUGAACUCAACCUGUCAGAGAUACAGAAGCUCAAGCAGCAGCUGCUACAGGUGGAGUGUGAGAAGACGGCGCUGCUCAUGAACCUGCAGGAGUCACAGACCCAGCUGCAGCACACGCAGGGUGCCCUGACCGAGCAGAAUGAGCGGGUCCAUCGCCUCACAGAGCGCGUCAAUACCAUGAAACGUCUCAAUGGAGACAAAGAGCUUGAUGACUCACAGGAGAGUGAGAAGCCUGAUGGUGGUUCACCACCAGCCAAUGGUCACCAUGAUCCUGAUAUACAUGGGUUUGAGAUCCUGGAGUGUAAGUACAAGGUGGCGGUGACAGAGGUGAUCGACCUGAAAGCAGAGCUCAAGGCCCUGAAGGAGAAGUACAACCAGGCUGUGGAGGGGCAGGGAGACAGCCACAGUGACGACAGGGUUCAGGCACUGAGUGAACAGCAGGUAACCCAUUUGGAGCGGAAUUGUCGUGAGGGCCGAGAGAGGGUGGCGAGCCUGGAGGCAGAGCUCCGAGCAGCCACGAGCACAGCCACAGAGAGUCAGGGCAUGCUGAACGCAGCACAGGAUGAGCUGGUAACCUUCAGUGAGGAACUGGCACAGCUCUACCACCAUGUCUGCCUGUGCAACAAUGAGACACCCAAUCGCGUCAUGCUCGACUACUACCGUCAGAGCCGCGUCACACGCAGUGGCAGCCUGAAAGGCUCAGAUGACCCCCGGGCAUUGCUUUCACCUCGCCUGGCACGACGCCUUGCUGCAGCCUCUGCAGCCUGCUCCUCUGAGUCCCCUCGCAGUCCCAUGGAUUCCCCAUCCAAAGACAGCAAUCACAGUGAUACACCAACCAUGACGGUGGAGUCCCCAGCUUACCAGGGCAGCCCCACCCGCAACUCUAUGGGCUCCCCAGUCAUCAACAUUUCUCCUUGCCCAUCUCCAGUGCCCUCGGAGGCAGGUGGGGACCUGCGUAAGGAGCCCAUGAAUAUCUACAACCUGAACGCCAUCAUCAGAGACCAGAUCAAACACCUCCAGAGGGCUGUUGACCGCUCACUGCAGCUGUCCAGGCAGAGGGCUGCAGCCAGGGAGUUGGCACCCAUGCUUGACAAAGACAAAGAGUCCUGCAUGGAGGAGAUACUGAAGCUCAAGUCCCUGCUCAGUACCAAGAGAGAGCAGAUCGCCACACUCAGGCUGGUUUUGAAGGCCAAUAAACAGACAGCAGAGGUUGCACUGGCUAAUUUGAAGAGCAAGUAUGAGAAUGAAAAGACGAUGGUGACAGAGACCAUGAUGAAGCUGAGAAACGAGCUGAAGGCUCUAAAAGAAGACGCCGCCACCUUCUCGUCUCUCAGGGCCAUGUUUGCCACAAGAUGUGACGAGUAUGUUACCCAGCUGGAUGAAAUGCAGAGGCAGCUGGCAGCAGCAGAGGAUGAGAAAAAGACAUUGAACUCCCUCCUCCGUAUGGCCAUCCAGCAGAAACUGGCCUUGACCCAACGCCUGGAGGAUCUGGAGUUUGACCACGAGCAGACCCACCGUGGCCGCAGCGCUAAAGUGCCCAAGAUAAAAAGCAGCCCGCCCAAAUUUCUUGUAGAUUGUCAGCAGCCUGCUGCAUCGUCACUCUCCCCACAACUAAGGCGAGGGAGAGCCUCCCUAGCCCGCAGUCCUAAAUUUGCGGCAGACCUCCAGGAACACCAAGCAGUCCUUCUCUCCCCCUGCGACCCUCGUAACUGCCUGGCCCAGCAACCUCAGCCCCCCGGCACCUAACUUCACUGCUCCAGCCCAGGCCCUGGCCUCGGUCUGGUAGGAGUCAUGCAGAGACAAAGACAUUCUGGAUAGGGGUUCCCUCAGUUUAACCCCCUCCCCAACCUUGUAGUCCAACCAGGUGCUUACUGGACUCUGUGACCCCCCCAAGCACUACACGGCCCGGCACCGACAGGCCUCCUAGUUACCUGGGUCGCAGAAGAGGAGCAGGACGCUUUCUUCUUCUCUGGAAGUGACAUCCUGUCCUGGAAACAGAAAAUUGGGAACUGAACUGAGAUGCAAAAGCCAGAGUGACAAAUCAUGGGAAUCUUUUCCCUCAUUUGUAUUAGUAUUUAUUCAUAAUUUAUUAACUCAAUUGAUUAUUUAUUUACAUAUUGAUUUGUGACAAGUUUCUGAGAUAUUUAUUACUGGAAUGUUUUUUUUCUGUUUGUCAGUCAUUCUUCAGGAUGGAAAUCGAGACGUGUUUUACUUCUGUGGUGAAGACUUCAGUGAUCACAGACAACUUGGCACAUUCACAACUGUUCACGGCCAAUUCUGUUCUCUUCAAGAAAGGAAAACCAAUGAACCCAAAAGCAAAACGUCCUUAUUGCAAAAGUUUUUACUGGUCUAGUAAAAAGGUCUAAAACUUGCCUAACACACUAAACAUCAUGUCAUACAAUACAGCAUUGAAAAAGUUAGAUUUUGUCAGUGUAAUAAUCAAAAAAUAAGUAAAAAAUUUAAUUACAAGAAAAUAGUUUCUUGUGGUGGUGAUGGGUGGAUUUCAAAUACCUUUCUAACGUCACUAGUCUUUCUUGGGAUGCUUGUGGUUUUUUUAUACAAAGAUUUUUUGCAAAUCAUGUGCAUAAAAGACUAUUUUAUACCUCCUUUUAUUUUUAUUUGUUUUUACAGCAGACUCUGGUGAUGUGAUUGUGUCUGUGACAUAGCUCAGAUCUCUUUAGAGACUGAGAUAGAUGAGAGGCUGAGAGUGUUUGAGAUCAGGACUAGGGCUGUUGGCCUGGGUUUUUGCCUUUUGAGUUGCACAGGUUUAAGUGACCAUAGAGUGACUUGACCUCCUUUUUUUUAACAUUAGUUGUGAACAGAGGAUUCUCCAAAGGUGUGCCUCUUCUUGAGUUACCGUCACCAUCACGUUUAUGUUGUAUUCUUACCAUAAAGUAUUCUCUGUCUUCUCCGUUAGCUUUCACUGGUUUGCCCAGAAAACUGUUAUCUUACCCCUACUACACCAUGACAGUGAUAAAAAAGUGUUACUGAAAUGACAGUUUACUAUCCCAAGCUACACUUGUCUAUCAUUGUAACAGCUCUACAUUUAGCUGUCUCCACAUGCGUCCUCCAAACAGUAUGCAAUACUGUCCAAGCACAAUUAUGUACUAUGCAUUAUAGCAAUACAGUAGCAGCGGUCGUAGACUGAUCUGGAUAAGAUUUAACUGAUCUUUUAACCAUUUCCGUCACCAUGAAUUAACCAGCAGGUUGACAAGAAAGGUAAGACAGCAGAAGUGUCCCCAACUUUCUUCUCACAGUCCCAGCACUACUGUCAGACUCCUUUGGCAACUCAACAGUUGACAAAAUGAAGGUGUUAUUUCUUUCAGUUUUGGUCAGAGAGGAACAGAGCAAAGUCUGCCUGACAUAGAAGGAAUUUGUGACGUUUGUUGCAUAAUUGAUUUGCCUUUGUCUUUCUACCCUCAUACUGUUUUUAACAUCAGUGUCUUUUCUCUACACUGCACUGAACAAAUACUUUUGCCAGAUGGAUAAGAAAUGGAUAAACUACAACUACAUAGCCAGUAAAGUGUUGUAAGAUAAAAGCAUUUCUGUUAUAACAACGAUGAAUGAGUGGACUCUUUCUGUUCUCUCUCUCUGUGUGUAUGUACAUUUGUUGGAUUUGUCUUUGUUAACAGUGUAGAUUGCAUUAUAGAUUACUUUUGCAACUACAGAGUGAUGAAAAUAUUUGUGGUCCAAAAGUAUCAUCUGAACCCAUGCAGGCUCAUUGGUGACCUAACUCUCUUGGUUUGUUUGCACAAUAUAGCAGUGGAUGGAGAGAGACUAAUCCAAUGAAAGAGAAAAAAACAUGUUUUGAAAAGAAUGAUAGCUGUAUGCUGUACUACAGUGGAUUUUACAGUUUCUCCUCCAUUUAAAACAGUGUUUCAUUGGUUUCACAAAUAAAUAAAAGAUUUGUCCUUGGA